ACAAAUUAAAUUCUGGAGUUGUGUGGAAUUGAGGAACUGUAGAACGAUUUUCUGUGAACCAGUCUUCUACUGCAUCGAAAUUGAAAGAAUUUGUCGAAAUCGUCACUAAUAUGUUGCCAGAAUUCACGUCCAUUCUUCUGGUUAUUUUGCAGUAGGUUUCAGAUAAAUUGUGUAUUUUGGUAUCAAUGAUCUUGAGUCUCGCGCUAAAAUUAGAAUGCUGGUAUACUGCAAAGUCAUGUUUGUUAUGAAGAGAGAUCUUUUAUUUUUGGAAAUACCUUAAACAGAUAAUUGCGAGGCUGAUGAGUAUAGCGUAACGAGAAUGAAUGUGAAUAUGUCCCCUGGAAGGAAAAUAUUAAGCGAAAUCAAUCAUUUGGGAAAAUGUGAAGAUGGAACAAAUCCAUUAUCUCCUACUGCAAAUUUAAAAUUACUCACGAAAGUUGCCAGCAGCCUCGAAAGGAAUUGUACCACUGAUGCUUGUAUUAACAAGGAAGAUGUUCCCAAAGUGAAGAAGCGAUUGUCUUUGGGGUCUGUGCAGCAGCUACCAGAUGAACAUUUGAAAUCGAGGAAAGAGAAAUCUCUCAAUUUAUUAUGCAACAGAUUCCUACAGUUGUUCCCUCUGAAUCUGUCACCUGGAGAUUACAUGGUGAUUUCACUGGACCAGGCUGCCAACAACCUGGGAACAGAACGCAGGAGGAUCUAUGAUAUUGUAAAUGUUUUGGAGAGUCUGCAGAUGGCUGCAAAGGUUGCAAAAAAACGCUAUAUGUGGUAUGGGUGUCAACAGUUGCAUAAUACACUGGCAUUAUUGAAGGGAUUGGCAUUGCGGCUUGGACUGCAUAACCAGGUACAUUCCCUGCAAUUGAAGCGGAAGACCAACCUGGGUUGUGUGGUUGCAGGCAGUUGUAAUGAGGCAAUCACUGACUCCUGGCAGCCUGAAUUGGAAUGCAGUGAUAUCAUCUUGCAGACACAUAGUCUGCUGGACCCAUGUGAGCACACCCCACCGCAGCCCAAACUGCGGAAUGAUGUCUCUGUGGAGAGCUGGGAUUCAACUGAGAUGGGUGAGAGUUCUCAGACAGAUACCACACUUUUCCUGGACAGUUGUGCGGAGCGUUCACUGGGUGUCUUGAGCCAAAGAUUUAUCAUGCUGUUCCUCAUCUCUAGCAAGUCAGAUUUGGUGAAUCUUGAUUUUGCAACAUCAGUUCUACUUAGUAAAAACAUGGUGGAUAAGAACAUAGAAGAAACUGAUGUAUUGCCAUGCUGCCAGCAUGCCAAUCCUAGUGGACAGUCAGCAUCAGGUGGGACCAAAGCUGUGCGGCUUAAGACCAAAGUGAGACGGCUGUACGACAUUGCCAACAUCUUCACAUCAGUUGGCUUGAUUUGUAAGGUGCCAGGUGUUGAAAGUAAUGUCCGCAAGCCAGCAUUUAAAUACAUUGGACCACAGGUAGAGGCAGCAGUGUUCUCUGACCAAGAUAUUCAACAGUUUCAAGCAACUCGGCACUCCCUGCUGGGCAACGCCUCAUACCUGAGGCUGCAGAAGCCGUUGCUGAGUUUUAAAGCCAGCAUCAAACACCACAAGAGAAAACAAUGUGACUCAGGAAGUUGUGAAAUGUUUACUCACAUUAGAAGUGAGUGUCGGUCGGGACCGAGCAAGAGAAAGGCUUACCAUCUUGCUGAAGAUGACGGCUCCCUCAGUGACAUCUUCCAUGUGGCAGAGAUAGAACUGAAACGCCUGGAGUCCCUGGAGAUGUCAGGCUCUCAGAAGUCAGUGAGAAAGAAGCUGUUCUCAAGGCACCAUUCAGAAUCAUGUAUUGUCAGGACAGGUCACCAUCCACAGCCAGAACAAGGUAUCAGUAAUAAAAAAUUUGAUAUCAGUGUGAAUGAAGAGUGUUUUGAUAGUCUUACGAAUGGGGAGUCAGACACUUUUGAAGAAACCAUAAAAGCAGAGAAAGUGGCAGGAUUACUUCAAAAUGUGCCAUGCUCAAGGAACGAAAUGAAGAUGACACGGAAGCUUGUGAAAGUGGGACCACUGAGUAUGCAACUCCUUACUAAAGAAAGAAAACAAACUGUGCCGUCCUCAAGAGACAAGGAUUGUUCAGUUGUUUACGAUGUGAAUAGAGCCUCAAAUGCUGUUGCAGAGGUGAAUCCAGUUACACAAAGCAUCCAGUCACCUUCAGUUUCAAACAAGAUUGAUUUAACAAUUUACAAUGAAGCUCCAUUCAUUGAUAGCAAUAUGUCUAAACUGUUCAAUUUGAAACUGUUACCGCAGAGUAUACAGUCUUCUUCACAUUUGAAGGAUACUGAUGGUGUUCUGAAUAGUGUGAGUGAAGCUUCAUCAACAAAUGUAGGGAACAUCAUUCCAGAAAAGAAAGGGACUACAGCAAUUGAGUUUAAGCUUCCGGUGUUGGCCCAGUGCCAUACUGUAUCAAGUGACCACGCUAAAAUUGUGAUGGCCAAUAGAGUUGGUAGCGAUAUAUUUGUACCAUUACCACCUGUUGUUCCAAAGCCAGUUGGUGUUCCCCCAGGUUCUGUUCAGCAAACUGGUACCAGUAGCAGUGCUGCUGGCAUGACACCUGUUGGUAAACUUUACCAGGCCAUUCAGGUUGGGAGUGUGGUACAGCUAGUCCCAUUGUGCAAUAAUUCUGUAUCACUAAUCAAUUAGUUAUGCUAGACUCAGACAUUUGAUAUGACUACGCUUCAAGUUAUGAUAGGAAUUUAAGUGAUUACGGUUGUCAUGUAAAUGAUGGGCAUCUACAGCAUACAGCCAUGCUCAUUUUGUAUUUUGUGUGACAAAAUAUGUUACUGAGUGAACAAAUGAAUUUAAACUGUUUGGGUAAUGUACAUUGAACAUACAACACUGAUGCCUUUUACCUGUAACAAAACUUGGGGAUGUAAAAAUCAUACAACACAUUUACAAAUUAACAUAAAAUCUUAAGUUAAUGUAGGUUUGUUUAGACAUGAAGCUUUGUGGGGGGGAGUCAUGUCACUCACACAACAGAAUGUGGGAGACCUUUCAAAAUGUAGUACAGUUUGGUCCAUUCAUAAUCUAAUUUUCUAGAUCCAGUGGUUCUGAAGUUCUUUCUUAUGCUGCACCUCCAGAUGCUCAAGGAACCUUCCACCACAUAUUCGUUCUUUUAAAUUAAGAUUUAUAUUAUCUUGCCCAUUCAUUUUAACCCAAACACUUAGCAACCAAUGUGCUGUGGUACUGUAAUCAGUAAACAAAUUAGCAUGUAGGUGUUGUUAUAAUUCUAGUAAAUUUGUAGCAAUUUGAAAUGCAUUUGACUGUGGACUUGAACUGCUAUCCACAUCUGAAACCUGAGAUAUAUGUUUUCUGCAAGGUGUGGCCAAGACUUCCACUCUGGCCAUUACGAGCUACCCUUAACAGUUACUCAUGCACCAAGUAGUUUUCCCAUGAUUAUACAAAUGUAUUACUUGGAGCAACGAAGUGCUGUGCCACAGAUAUGAAGUUUAAGAUAAAUAAUAUUUUAAGUUUUAAAGAAGUUUGUUAUUCACAUUGCAAGUAUGAACCAACGGAUGUUUUGGUGUUUAACUUUUAAAUAUUUAUUUGGACAGGUUACUUAUUAUCAAAGUUGCAUCAAGUCCUGCAGUAUUUGUCAUGAUAGUAUUGUUAUUCUUCCUUGAGUCAUUUCCACACUUGUAGAUUGACUUAGCAUACAAGUCUUCAGCUGUCUGUGUGCCCAUUUUUUGCAUUUCAUAUACCCUCCUCCAAUCUCCUCCUCUCCUCUCAUCUCAUCUCCACAUCCCUCUCAACUUGGUCCAUCUAUCAAAUGCAGGGUGUGCCCUUCGGUUGUCUUCCAUUUAUCUUUAUUUGUAAUAAUCUUCAUUCUCUUAAAUGUCCAAACCACUUCAUUCUAAACUAUUUUAACUAAACAAGAUACAGGGGGAAAAAGAAAGAACUAGAGCUUUGAGAUUUUGGGUUUCUCAUGGCAGUGAAGUUGAUGUUCUGGGUCUGGUUACAAUGUGGACUUGUAGGUAGAUACCAGAAUUUUGUAGAAACAUACUGUUUCCAUCAUCAGCUUUGAAGUUGUAUCUAAACUGUGAAAGAACCAUCAAAAAGGCUACAGUGAACCUGAAUAUGCAUUUUCAAGGAAUAAUGCCUCAGUAGUAUGCUCUUUUUAAAUGUCCACACACAGUUACCUGGAUGGAAUUAAAUGUCUAGUUGUUUAUCUUCAGGGGUGAAGAUGGAAAAGUAUGUUUUUUUCCAAAACAUUGUUGUCUACCUACAAGUCUACACAGUAUUACUACCCAGAACAACAAGAUCAACAUCUUCACUGCCAUGAGAACCCAGAAUUUCAAAUGUCUAGUUUUAUUGUUCUGUACCUUGUUUAGUUACAUCAUAUUUCAAUAACUGAUUGUGAGGAUUUAAGAACACAUUACUUACUAUUUUAAAACCAUUAUUUUUGUGCAUUUUACUGUUUUAAAAUUGAAGAUGAAAUUGAGCAAUAAUAAUUGUGAAAAUUUUCCUAAUACCCAGGUUAUAUGCAACAGGAAAUGUGUUUCAGCUGUGAAGUAUUUAAACUUGUAACACAGUAUGACACAUUAGUAUACUGUUUAGAAUUUAUGGAAUGUUUACAGUGUGUUAUCUUUACUAGGCCUCCCACUCUUAGUGCAUACAACACUUCUUUGUGUUAUGGGUUGGCAUCAUAUUUUGAAGCAACAGACCUAUAGUCAUCUGUGCAACAGCCCUUUCACACCUCACAGCAUCCAGUCUCAGAGUCGUAUCACUGAAAGGAGUUGAAUGUUUGAAUUCAAGUGAUAGAUGCAAACUAAUCCUUAGAAUGGCAGACUGUUCAUGUUGAAAGACUUGGCUUCCUGUGCCUGAAAUUACUAAUGAAAAGCAUACAUAAUACCUCAGUGAGGAUAGCUGGCCCCCAGGCUGAGUUUCUGAAC